ACGGGAGCACUGCUCAGCGCCUUUGUUCAGCUGUGCCACAUUUCCACAACACUGGCAGAGAAAACCUGGGUCCAGCUUUUCCCUAGACUCUGGAAGAUCCUCUCAGACAGACAGCAGCAUGCUCUGGCCGGGGAGAUCAGUCCGUUCCUGUGCAGUGGUAGUCACCAGGUACAGCGGGACUGCCAGCCGAGUGCAUUGAACUGCUUUGUGGAAGCCAUGUCCCAGUGUGUCCCUCCGAUCCCCAUCCGACCCUGUGUUCUGAAAUAUCUGGGGAAGACACACAACCUCUGGUUCCGUUCCACAUUGAUGCUGGAGCACCAGGCUUUCGAAAAAGGUCUGAGUCUGCAGAUUAAGCCAAAGCAAACGACAGAAUUUUAUGAGCAGGAGAGCAUCACACCUCCGCAGCAGGAGAUACUGGAUUCCCUGGCUGAGCUUUACUCUCUGCUGCAAGAGGAGGACAUGUGGGCCGGUUUGUGGCAGAAGCGGUGCAAAUAUUCAGAGACAGCAACUGCGAUCGCUUAUGAGCAGCAUGGCUUCUUUGAGCAGGCUCAGGAAUCCUAUGAAAAAGCAAUGGACAAAGCCAAAAAGGAACAUGAGCGGAGUAAUGCGUCCCCUGCCAUUUUCCCUGAAUACCAGCUCUGGGAAGACCACUGGAUUCGGUAAGCUGAA